UGAAAGUAAAUCUCUGGAUAAGGGCACGGCGUGUUGGAGGUUUUCUUUUCUGCUCAAAUCUACCUUCACUUAGGAAUUACACUUAAAAGACUGCAAAUCUGAUUUUGUAUUCCGUCUUCAUUUCUGCAUAAGGAUUACAGCCUACCAAGAGUUGCGUGAAGGAUAGUUCCCUGAAGUUACAAAGGAACAAUGGGAGCAGUGAUUCAUAUGUGCCUUGUGGCUGCUCUUAUUGCACCCUUGUGUAGUGCUGCCCCCGUUUCAGGUAGCUUUGAGGUUUUAAGCAGGACCCCUGUCAGAGUGCGACGGGGCCACACAACCACAUUACCAUGCUGGCUCAAUCCACCACAAAAUGCAGAUGGUUUGGAGGUCCGUUGGUAUCGUAGUAGCUACGACUCCCCCGUCAUGUAUUACCAGGCAAAGAAGUUUCAGAAUGCAUCCCAGGAUGCUUCGUAUGCGGGACGAGUCUCGUUUGGCUUGAAGGAUGCAGCGUCUGUUGGGCUGAAGGCAGGUGAUGUGAGCCUGAAGCUAGAAAAUGCCACAAUUGGAGAUGCAGGAGAUUACAUUUGUUACGUCAGCAGUGAACAAAGCUAUGACAGGUCAAGCGUCAGUCUCACUGUCACAGAAAUCGGAACCCACCCUCUCCUGUCAGCAGUGUGGAGGGAAGAUAACAUGGUGAAUGUAAGCUGUGAGUCUGAAGGCUGGUAUCCAGAGCCUAAACUGCGCUGGUCGGAUCAAAAGCAGGCUCUUACCCCAAAAAGUUUGAAGUACAGCAAAGACUCGUCUGGUCUUCAGUCAGUCCACAGUUGGCUUCUUUUGUCCAGCUCCAAUGAGGUUUCCUGCUCAGUAGGCAUCUCCAAUGAAGAGCCAAAAAAGGCAAGAGUACGACUGGAAAAGCUUGCUCAAACUGAGUCUGGAUCCUCAGCAGCUGGAUGGGUGUGUUUUGCUUUACUCCUCACAGCCGUGUUGGUGUCACUUGGAUUGCUGUACUUCAAACUGAGAAGGAAGAAAGCCAAAUCACAAAAUGACCACACUGGGGGUAAGAACGACCAGAGUCACAUCAUUUACUUACACAACAUUUCAGGGAAAGUUUGUGAUAUGUGUAUUAAAUGGUUACACCUGCAAAUUAAAGCGAGUUUCUCAGAAGCUAGCAAGUGCAAUGUAAAUGUCACACUUGAUGAGACGAUACAUCCGUAUCUCAUAAUGAAGAAUGGUAAACUGAGAGACAAAAACUGUGUAUUUCCCGAUGGAGACAAAGUUACCUGCCUCACAGCUAUCAAAGGAACACCUGGCUUCUCUUCUGGACAACACUACUGGGAGGUUUCUUUGGGCACAACAGAUCAUAAUGUGGGUCUCAAAAAGUCCUGGUGGGUAGGAGUUACAAGUGCAACUGUCAUCCCUGAGGAGAUGGAUUUUUCGCCGACUACAUCUAAUGGUUUCUGGUUCCUGUCCUCUAGCCCUGACAUAACUGAUAGCUUUCAGUUUAGCACAGAACCAAACGUUCUACUGCCUGUCUACUCCAGACCCCAGAUUCUUGGUGUGUUUUUGAAUUACGACAGCGGAGAGCUUUCCUUUUAUAAUGUGGAGAAUAAGAGUCUCAUUGGCAGUAUAAGAGCUACCUUCAAAGGUGAAAUUUUUCCAUUUUUCAAUCCUGGUAAAGGUGACAGAGCAGCUAUGGAGAUAUUGCAGAGGGAAGUGUAGUGACAUGGGGAACUCUGUAGAUUCACCGGCACGAGUGAAUCUUAAUAUCAGACAUCAGCUGUUGUAGGGAAGCAGAUGAAAACACUUAGCGUCUGUGUUGUGUUUUAGUACUGUAUUUGCAUCAUGUGAUAAGGGAAAUAAGAGUAUACAAAAAAAUGAAUGGAACCAAGGUUUUCUUUUUUACCUUAGGUACUUAAGUUCACUAUGAAGUUCAGGGAAAACUUUUGAAAUGACUUGAAUGGGUGACCAUCCAACAGGUCCUGAAAUGUCAUAUUGUAUAUCGUCAUAUUAACUCAAACUCCGAACCAAUUUGCAUGCGAGACAGAAAAAUAACAGAAAGACACUCUCCAGCUAUGACGGGGGUGUCAAUUCUUAUCUAACUCUCCGUAAGAAAGCCAAACUGAUUGAGCAGAAUUUAAUUUUUGAAAAAAAUGUUAUGUUCAGUCUGUUAAUGUUUUUUCUUUUUACUGAUUAAAAAAGUAUGCUACUGUGUAUUUAUGCCCUAUAACUAAAUAUACCCUGACAUUUACACGUAUUUAAUUCAUACACUAAUUAGAAGUACAUAUGACUUAGUUAUUUACGUGAUUCACAACUAUAGAUUCUCUUGACUUUGGUGUUUGUUGUACAUACAUGUUGACAUCUGUAAUCAUGCAGCUUUUUUAAACGUACAUUUUUUAAUAAAUUCAAUCAAUAUGUG